CUGGCCGCUUUGAAAGGUCGGCGCGCUGGGAGCUGGGCGGUGCGGCCUGCUGCGGCGAUGUCGGUGCUGAGGCCUAUGGACAAGCUGCCCGACCUGAACAAGGCCACUGUUCUGCUGGUGAGCACCGAGGAUGCUCUUCUGCAGCAGCUGGCGGACUCGAUGCUCAAGGAGGACUGUGCGUCCGAGCUCAGGGUCCACUUGACGAAGUCCCUCCCUCUGCCCUCCAGUGUGGCUCGGCCCAGGAUUGACCUGAUUGUGUUUGUGAUUACCCUUCACAGCAGGUACAGCUUCCAGAACGUAGAAGAGUCUCUGCACCAUGUAGACAGCAACUUCUUCCUGGGAAAGGUCUGCUUCCUUGUCACAGGUGCUGGCCGGGACAGCCACUGCAGCGUUCACCGGAACACUGUUGCAAAGCUGGCCCACACCUACCGAAGCCCCCUGCUCUUCUGUGACUUGGAGGUGGAAAGCUUCCGAGCCACCGUGGCGCAGCGGCUGGUGCGCAUGCUGCAGAUCUGUGCCGGCCACGUGCCUGGUGUCUCUGGCCUGAACCUGCUGUCCCUGAUGAGAAGCCCCUCCCCCCCACCGGAGGAGCUGUGAGGGCGGCUGACCCCCGGGCUCUCCCUCCCACGCUUAGUGCCGCGCCACACGCAGUCGCUGAGGAUGAAGACCAGUCAGGGCCUGACAGGCCCGCUCCCUGCCGGGCUGUGCGCCGCUGCUCAACGGGGAGGGCAGGGCCGGAACGGGGAGAGAGCCCAGCUGCUGGAGCCCCAGCAUCCUCUUGCUCUUCUGCUCACUCCACAGAGCCCUGCUCAUCUGACAUGGCGUAUCUCCACCUAAGAGCUCACAGGAAGAGUCUGGUUAAAAAAAAUAAAAAAAUACUGAGGGCUGGAGAGAUGGCUUAGCGGUUAAGCGCUUGCCUGUGAAGCCUAAGGACCCCGGUUCGAGGCUCGGUUCCCCAGGUCCCACGUUA